GCAGGGCGACAUUUUUUGCAGUCACUGUACAUGGGGCGGGGACCUGGACCAGAUUAGAAUAAAAUUCUGAGUUUCGGAACUGAAGCCCGCAGGGAAAGAGCCGAGAAGCGGAGCGGAAUGAAGGGGAGGAUGUUCUGUCCUUAGGAGGCUGCCGUAGCACCUCGGCUCAGGGGCUCUCGGCCCCGCCUACCUCCAGCCCCGCCCCUUGCCAGCCCGGCCCCGCCCCCACCAUGGUCCCAGCCGCGGAGCCCGGAGGUUCACAUUCCUCCCUUGCUCCGCCACCUCAGCCUUUGCCGAUGGCCCCGUACGAGGAAGUGAGAGUGUCGGGCUUCGAGGAGUUCGACAAGGCUGUGGAGCAGCACAAAGGCAAGACCAUUUUCGCCUACUUCACCGGUUCCAAGGACGCCGAAGGGAAAAGCUGGUGCCCCGACUGUGAACAGGCUGACCCAGUGGUACGUGAAGGGUUGAAGCAUAUUAAAGAAGGAUGUGUGUUCAUCUACUGCCAAGUAGGAGAGAGACCUUAUUGGAAAGAUCCUGAUAAUGACUUUAGAAAAAACCUGAAAAUAACUGCAGUACCUACAUUGCUUAAACAUGGAACACCUCAGAAACUGGUAGAAUCUGAGUGUCUUCAGGCCACCCUCGUGGAAAUGUUGUUCUCCGAAGAUGAGUAAUUGAUGAUGGCAAUUGUCUUGAUUUCCUGAUUUUAUCAACUUGUACACUUGCUUUGAAUUCAUGUGAAUAAUGAUGUAAAAAAUAAUGGCAGUGUGGCUAAACAGUGCUAUUAAAAUCCUCACAAAUCCUUUUUUUACUUGUACUAUUUGAAUCCUUUUAGAUGUAAAAUCUUCAGAAAUGGCAGUGAUGGGGCAAAGCGAUGUAUGAUUGAAGAUAAAUUCUAAAACUCUUAGUGCAAAAGACAGCUUCCAAAUCUCUGAAAAGAUUACCACUGGCUUGCAAAGCAUGUGCUCAAGCCCACUGCACUCUCUGACCCCGUCAUUUUACAGAUUUCUGAAUGUGCUUCACUGUCAGAUGUGUGUGUAAAACAAGUUGGAUACUACAUAACCCAGUGAUUAGGAAGAACUCUGGCCCAUGAGUCAAUCACACUACCACUUAUUAGCUGUACAACUGUAGGCAAGUUACUUAACCUAUCGAAACCUCAGUUUCCUUUUUUUCUUUUUGGGUCACACUCAGUGAGACUCAGGGGUUACUCCUAGCUCUGCAGUCAGGAAUUACUCCUGACAAUGCUUGGGGGACUAUAUGGGAUGCCGGGGAUUGAACCCAGGUCUGCUGUGUGCAAGGCAAACAGACGCCCUACCCUCUGUACUAUCAUAGCUCCAGCCCAGUUUCCUCCUUUAUGAACAAAACUAUUCUGGAAAUGAGAAUGCAGCUAAGUAAUUAGGGUAGUGGGCAGCUUGGAGCAUCUGCCAGGUGUUAGGUUUCCAGAAUGAGCACAGGUAUUUAUGAGUCCUCUUUUGUUCUAGCCUAGACUCAAAGUCAAGAGUUACAUUAGUAAUCACUAAUCUCCUCCCUGUCUUCAUUAACUUGAUUCACAUACCAAAGAUUCUUCCUUAAAGGUUCUAAGCAAAGGUCUGUCCUCUCUGGCAAUACUUGCUGAUUUUAAAGGGCCUCUGCUCUUCUCAUUCUUUAGAUAAGGGGAGGGAGGGCUGCUGACAGGAAUGAAUAGUAAGAUUCUGAGACUGACUUC